CCUGCUCGCGCUGACUGGAAUUCAAGGUCGCAGGCAGGCUGAAUGCUGGCUCUUCGUGGCUGUAGGCGGCUACGCGCCCUCCCUCGCCUCCGGUUAUUAGAGGCCCCGACCCGAAGUUAUGCAUUCUCUCGCUUUCCCGACCGAGGACCGGGCGUAGGACGAAAGCGGGACACCCCCCGGAAAGUGAGCAGAGAACAGGAAGAGUUCGAACGCUUUUUCUCCGAUCCGUUGCGGCAGCGCGAGGAACCCAAGGACGAUGAGCCUCGACCUACGCUCUCGUGGGGAGAACGCGAGAGGAUGCAGGCGGUCAAUCCGGAGGAGAGUUUGCGAACAAUCCUGAGCAAUCCUAUGCUGGUCGUUACUCGCCAAAUUGAGAUGCUCAAUAUUUUCGUAGGCUUUGAGCAGGCCAACCGCUAUGUCAUCAGCAACGAAGAAGGAGAGACCUUGGGCUUCAUUGCUGAAGAGCCCAGAGGGUUCUUCUCUACCUUUUCCCGUCAAAUAUUCAAGACACACAGGCCUUUCCGAGCACUCAUCAUGGACUCCCAAGGCGCCCCCCUUCUCUGGGUCAGACGUCCUUUUGCAUGGAUCAACUCACGAAUGUUCGUUCAGCGGCUGCAGAACUACUCUGAUUACACACCGGAGGGCGAACCCAUACUGGAUACCUUUGGUGAAGUUCAGCAGCGAUGGCACCUGUGGAGACGGCGCUACGACGUGUUUCUUCGGGAGAGCACACGACCGAUCCUCUCUACCGUCUCAGAACCUCAACCCGAGCCCUCCGAGACUGAGGAGACGUUCACGCAGUUAGCGAAGAUCGACGAAGGCUUCUGGGCGUGGAACUUCAGCUUGCGUGAUCAUCGAGAUGAGGAGUUCGCUAGUAUCAGACGGGCGUUUAGAGGGUUUGGCCGGGAGAUUUUCACUGACACUGGUCAGUACUUCAUCCGCUUCCACCCCGACCCAACGGAAGAAGAGAUAGCCGCGCGCGGCUAUAAGCCCAUCAUCGAGCGCAACCUCUCCAUGGACGAACGCGCAUUGAUCCUCGCAACAGCCGUGACGAUCGACUUUGACUACUUCUCGAGGCACUCUACCGGAGGGCCGGGUAUGUUCUGGUUCCUGGUGGCGUCAUCUGAGAUAUAGUCCGUCGGUACUCGGCGGGCCUCCUUAAUGGUGGUGAGGGAUACCGCACUGGGACAUCGAGGUGAUAUCGGAACCGCUCCGCUAUCUUACCACCCACUGAGGUACUGAGGACGGGGCAGAAGUGACUGGCCGAACAGACUUCGAUAGUAUUGCUACACAAACACAGAUUCUACAAAUACUAGCAACAUGCAUAUACGACUAAAUCCAAUAAUUUACCAGGAUGACAAUGCAGGAGGAAAUGGUUACUGCGAAGCGUAAUUAAUAAUCUGGACCCUCGGCGAGCGUCUCGAGGAAUAUCUUGAUGUCGGCCUGGUUGAUCUCGAUGACGCUGGUGUCGAAGGAGCCGUGCCGCGUGCGGGCGUUGCAGCGCUCCUUGGCGUCGAGGAAGGCCAGGCCGAAUUCAUUCUUGCGCACAUCACCGAAAUCCAUCGCUCCGGUGACACCGACGACGACGUACGACCCGGCUUUCUCGUUCAGACACGCGACGACGAACGGCAGGCUCUUGCGCUUGCUCUUGCGGCCCGUCAGGCUCUGGCCGUUCACCCUGUCGCGCAG